AGGAUCUUCGGAAUACGAUACCAUCAUACAGCGGAACUGAUUGUAUCACGGACAUCCUUUAUAUAAUCAUAUAUAAGUAUUUACUUUUCUGAAAUCGGACAGAGGUUGAUCCUUGAGGGCUGCAAUGCAGGACUAGGGCCUACAGUACCAACAAAAUGAUGUUACUGGGGCCCCAAUUCUUGCUUUUGAUAUUUUUCAAAGUAUCUUUGGCAAAAGAACCAUUUGAUUAUAAGUCUCUUCACGACAACGAAUUCACCGACGAGUUCUGGACAACUUUGGUUCAGAAUGUUAUUGAUUUGUUUUAUCAUCAGCGGUCAUGCGGUCAAACUCAGUUCGGAGUUCUACUCUUGGGCAACCCGGAAAACAACAAUCUGAACCUCUAUGUUUAUCCACACGUCGGAACGAACGAUUAUCGACCUGUCAUAGAUAACACUCAACCAUUUUCUCCAAGCAAUCCCUCUGAUUUCGGAAACUAUGUAGCUUCAAGGCCAGACUACAUACCGCAGCUUCAGGACGCGAUUCAUGCUGAGGAUAUCUCUUUGGGGCACAUGCAAAGACUCUGGAACAACUAUAUCAACCGAUUUCGGCAGAGACCAACGCUGGUACUGCUCUACUCUUGGAUAAUGCCCUGUGAACAGUGCGUGCAGCUGAUCUUAAACUACUUUAAUUCUGAGCCGUAUGCUAGUGUUCCGCAUAGGGUCGUUGCGCACACAACUCAGGGCUAUUUUCUCCCUUACAUGUCUGAGGAAGGAAACACCAACAGUCGAGAAAGAUUGCGUAACGCAGGCAUUCGCGUCUUAACGCAUCGAUGCUAUUCAUUGCCACCCUCAAAUAUCGACGCAGCUUUCAACAUCUCAAAGAGGUCCUUAAUUGUAGCACGUGACAUGGCUAAAAUGAAAAUGGAAAUGGAGCAACAAAUCAGUGAUAACCAGUGCAUGGGUAAAUGUAUGGAUACUGAGACAUUACAAGGCUGCUUAUACAGCUGUCUUCUGAAAACAUCCGUAUGCUGCUGUUGUCAUGAUAGCUACAAAGCACGAAUGACAGUAGAUUAUGUCAAUAGGUUCAUGGCAGAAUGUAGAAAGAAACAUUUAAAGAAAUGUGCACAGGAAAUGAUCCAGUCAACUUUGGGAAAUGCCUGCACCUGCAACCUGAAACGAGAGUUUGUUGACAACAUGAAACAAUGUCUUACUAAAUGUUCUAACCUUCCAAUUUCAAAACCGUUGAACCCCUACAGUCCGACAACAUUUACGGGAAUGUUGCAAAAGGUUGACGAAUUAGCCAACUAUCCUAAAGAAGUAAACCUUUGCAAAGACCGUAGAACACAAGGCACCCUUUGCUCUGAAUACAACCCGAAUUAUCUGACAGCUGGAAGUUCUCUUUGCCGGGAGGAUACACCUUGUGGCUUCUAUGGCUAUUCCUAUAAGUGGUGCUACACGGAUUACUCCAAGAAAAAGUGGGACUACUGCUGUACAGACGCUUGCGCAAGACGAGGCAAUAACUACUACUGGUGUCACUCGGGAAAUAAAUGGCAAUACUGCGGAAGCCCCGGUACAAAGACCGUGGAUAACACAAAUUGUCUGUCAACGAGUCCAUGCGGUCUCCAUCUUGAUGUCAGCUCAAAAACAGAUUACUUUUGGUGCUACGUUGAUACGUUUCAAAACUACAGAAGGUGCUGUCAGCCUGGAUUCCCAUGUGGAAGACACGGAUAUAGCUACAACUGGUGCUGGACCGGAUACAAGGUCCACAGUGGGAAGUGGGACAAAUGCAUGACAUAAUUCCGACACCACAAGCCAUUUCUUAGGAAGAACCUGGAACUAUUUGGAGAAUAACUAUCCAUCGAACAUAAAUAACCAUGUCAAACGAAGGAGAUGAUAUUGAAAAAGAUCCUGUUCGUAUUUUAUUAAUCUCACUGAUACACAUCUAGGAUGAUUAAAUUUCGAAAUUAAUUUAUAUUUGUUAUGACCAUGGCAAUAAAGUGAAAGUGUUUGAAUGUAUAAACGAAUAUUAUAAAAUUGUAUAGUUUGUUCUAUUAUGCAUGAUACUUAAUAAUUUGAUUUGUAUAUUUUCACCGUUAUUCUAAAGCUCAUUCUUUUCAUAUAAAUACAAGUUUAUAUAGACAAUUAAACACAUCACCAUCCAGAACACCACUUGAUCUUCGGAUGUACAACUUCAGCAUGUUUGUAGCGGACAUUAUAUUGCACGCAUCUACAGUGUAUAUUAAUAAUAAACGCAGCGAUGGGAA